AUGAAGAAACAACAGACGUCCUCAAAUUCUGAUUACUCACCACCAGUUUUGAAUCAGGGUGAUGUUUCACCUGCUGUUUCUUCUUCCGAAUCAACAAAUAACGACGACCAUAGAUCUAUUAAAUCUUCUCUCAACACGAAUGAUCAUUUGGAUGGUUUAGAUUUACAUUCUUCCACAUCUAGAAUUGAGUUAUCUCGGUUAUCUCUUGAUUCGUCUGAAGAACAUGUUGAUAUUCGACAACCUCUAACCUAUUAUGAACAAUGGUAUGAAUAUGACAAGUUGAGAAGAGAAUUAAAAUUUAAUAUUGGAAGAUGUAUUUCACUACUGAGGAAUAGAUAUUCAUUUCAAAGAGAAAAAGGAUUGGAUGAAUUAAUUUCUAUUUUAUCUGGAUUGGAGACUAGCACUGACAAGGAAAUAUUUUCGAUAUUACAAAAGAAGAUGGACGAAGAUACAAAUGUAAUUUCAAAUGUAGUGACCAAUAUUUUGCAACACACAACAGCUGGAAAGCAUGCGUUGAGCCCAGUGACAGCUGUUGAAAUUUAUAAGGCUUUGUUGGUCCUGGAGGGAUGUUGUCUUAUUUCAUCGGCAUGUUCCAAUACUUUGGCAACUGUUCAAGGAUUUAAAUUUAUCUUAAAAAUACUUUCUGACGGCAAUAAUUAUCUGACAAGUACAUCAAAAAGCAGUCCAUAUCAAUCUCUGGAUUUUAAAAAAGAUACAGAAGAAGUGUGGGAUGAAAUUCGUUUAACAUGUCUAGAUUGCUUACUGUCUUGUCUUCACAAUUGCCCUCAUUGUGUAGUUUUAUUUUGUGAAGAUUCUAGCGGUCCAGAUGUUAUAUGUACCAUAUUGAGGAACAAGGAUCUCUCUAAAAUAUUACGAUCCAAAUGCAUUGAAUUUUUCUGUAUUUUAGUGAAGCUGCUCACAAAUAUUGAAUCCGACGGAUUGCAUGUGACAAAUUUAACAGAAAGGAUAAAAGUAUUUCUUGGAAGUAAGCUUACCAAAGAUUUACUUGACAUUUGGAAAGAAAAAGAUGAGGACUUGGACGUAAUUAAGUGUGAUAAUUUUGUAGAUUUGGUAGAUGAGAGGCUUUAA